AUGUUCUACGGAAUGAACCAAACUCUUGGGCUGGCACUCUCCAAUGCAAUCAUCGCAAGCAUCAUCACAUAUAAACCCUCUAUCUUACCUCUCGCCACCGGCAAAGACCAAGGCCGUUUCCUCAUUUACACAAUUUUCGACAUGUCUCUUCUAGGACGAAAGUACCCGGCGCCAUUCGCCAAGCCAAUGCUUCCUUUCUUCGCUGCAGGCCUGAUUGUCCUCUACGGCAUCAACGAGUUCGCGAACGUCAUGAUAAACACACCCGAGUUCAAGAACGAUUCGCGCAACCCCCACGCGAAGGCAGCAAAGCCUGAGGAGAAGCAUUAA